GGAGACUAAUGAGAGUUCGGAGUGGGAGUCGAUCUAGUGAUUAUUGAAAACAAUAGACUUGUGUUUUUACGGAUAACCUAAAAUAUUUUAGAGUUAGAAGAAACGUUCGUUAACCAACCAAACCCCUAAUCAUAUUAUAAAUCAAAAAAAGCCUCGAUUUUUUCUUCUUAUUCUCUUGUCUUAUUGGUCUUUUGCCCCGAUUCUCAAUUUAUUAUCCUCUCUCUAACUAAAUCUUUACUACAUACACAUAAAAAGAUCUAACUAUAAUAGAUUCGUGCAUCAAUGGGAAAAAAAGAAAGCAUGAAGAUGAAUAACAACCAUGAACAUCACAAAGCGGUGUCGUUUACUGGAAAAAGCAUAGUGAAAGCCACUGUUUUCGUUGUUGUUUCUCUAUUCAUAUCAGCUGCUCUCUUGGAUAUUUUAGGCUAUCUCGAUUUUAAUGCUUUUGCAGGUUUCAAAUCAGUAACAAAGACAAAAGAGCCUAAAUUCCCUUACGGAUGCGACGUCGUACAGAACCAAUCACAUCAAAUUCCUCUCUCUCCAAACCGCGCAUCGACGACACUGAAACCGAACCGUUUACAACCAUCCACGUGUCCUUCUUACUUCCGUUGGAUCCACGAGGAUCUACGGCCGUGGAAAGAAACGGGGAUAACUAGAGGUAUGAUUGAGAAAGCGAGCAGGACGGCGCAUUUUAGGCUGGUGAUCCACAACGGAAAGGCGUACGUUAAGAGAUACAGAAAGUCGAUCCAAACAAGAGAUGAUUUUACUCUGUGGGGAAUCGUACAGUUGUUACGGUGGUACCCUGGGAGAUUGCCUGAUCUCGAGCUUAUGUUCGACGCUGAUGAUCGUCCCGUCGUACGAUCUGAUGACUUUCGAGGUCAAAACAAGGAACCACCUCCACUAUUCCGUUACUGUUCUGAUGAUGCCAGCUUGGACAUUGUCUUCCCUGAUUGGUCCUUCUGGGGCUGGGCUGAAGUGAAUGUAAAGCCAUGGGGAAAGUCGCUGGAGGCAAUCAAAGAAGGGAACAAUGUGACGCAAUGGAAGGAUCGCGUGGCGUAUGCUUAUUGGAGAGGCAACCCGUAUGUGGACCCUACAAGACGAGAUCUUCUCAGGUGUAAUGUUUCCGAACAUGAAGACUGGAACACUCGCCUCUAUAUUCAGGAUUGGGAAACGGAAUCAAAAGAAGGAUUCAAGAACUCAAAUCUAGAGAACCAGUGCACCCACAGAUACAAGAUAUAUAUAGAAGGAUGGGCAUGGUCGGUUAGUGAGAAAUAUAUAAUGGCGUGCGAUUCGAUGACAUUAUACGUAAAACCGAGAUUCUACGAUUUCUACAUACGAGGAAUGAUGCCAUUGCAACACUAUUGGCCAAUCAGAGACGACUCCAAGUGCACUUCUCUAAAAUUCGCCGUACAUUGGGGAAAUACCCACGUGGAGAAGGCACGUGAGAUUGGAGAGGUAGGAAGUAGAUUUAUAAGAGAGGAGGUCCUCGAGCGAAAAGCUAAUUUAACACGUCAAGUUGAGUUAUGGGAGGACCAAUACUUUCAUGAUUUGACCAACAAACCUUAA